GAAGCAGAGAAGAAGAGCCAUGAAUAAGAAGAAGCAGAGUGUGUCAUUGUUAUUGUUGUGGGCACAUUUGCUUCUGAUCAGUACAGUUGAUGGAGCUACAUCAAGCAAUGACUACGUUUCUGCAGUGGGAGACCCGGGAAUGAGAAGAGAUGAGCUGAGAGUGGCCUUGGAAGCUUGGAACUUCUGCAAUGAAGUUGGUGAAGAGGCACCUGGGAUGGGUAGUCCAAGAGCUGCAGAUUGCUUUGAUAUCGUAGAUGGUUCUCUACACCAUAAGGUGAAUGCUAGUGAUAAUAAACUGGGAGUGGGUAUGCACUUUCCUGGGUUGAGCAAACAUGACCAGAACAGUGUUGAUAUCUAUGCAGCGAGGAAGGAGGAGCGUUUGGGGUGUUUGUGCCAAGUUUCGGAUACUCCGAGACCUUGGCAAUUUUGGAUGAUUAUGUUAAAGAAUGGAAACUAUGACACAAAGUCCUCUUUGUGUCCUUCGAAUGGGAAAAGGAUUGGUCCUUUUUCGGAACCGGGAAGGUUUCCUUGCUUUGGAACUGGGUGUAUGAACCAGCCUACUGUGAAUCACCAAGAGACUCAGCUUUUGGGUGAUGGCACUAUGAUUGGAGGCUUCAAUGGGACCUAUGAUUUGGGGUCUGAUAUUGGGGCUGGACUUGAUGGUAUCUCUUUCUAUGAGGUGGUUUGGCAGAAGAAACAAGGGGAAGGGAGUUGGAUGUUCCAUCAUAAUCUUAAGACUUCAAAGAAGUACCCAUGGCUCAUGCUCUACCUCAGAGCUGAUGCAACAAAAGGAUUUUCUGGGGGCUAUCACUAUGAUACAAGAGGAAUGCUCAAAACUCUUCCAGAGGGGCCAAAUUUUAAGGUGAGGCUGACUUUGGAUAUCAAAAAAGGGGGAGGACCCAAGAGCCAGUUUUAUCUAAUUGACAUUGGUAGCUGUUGGAAGAACAAUGGCCAACCAUGCGACGGAGAUGUCACCACCGAUGUAACCAGAUACACCGAGAUGAUCAUAAACCCUGACACCCCUGCUUGGUGCAGCGCUACAGCUCAGGGAAAUUGCCCCCCAUACCACAUUACUCCAGAUGACCGAAAAAUCUACAAAAAUGACACGGCUAAUUUCCCAUACGGUGCAUAUCACUACUACUGUGCUCCCGGGAAUGCAAAAUACAUGGAUAAAGAUGUGAAGGGGUGCGAUCCUUACAGUAAUCCGCAGGCACAAGAGAUAAUUCAGUUGCUUCCUCACCCGAUAUGGGGCAAGUAUGGCUACCCAACCAAAAAAGGUCAAGGUUGGAUUGGUGACCCGAGAACUUGGGAGCUUGAUGUUGGUGGACUAUCGAGUAGAAUGUACUACUAUCAGGAUCCAGGCACAACUCCUGCUAGAAGGAUAUGGACAUCACUCGAUGUCGGUACAGAAAUUUUUGUUAGUGACAAAGAUGAAGUAGCAGAGUGGACUCUAAGCGACUUCGACGUCAUCUUUACACCACCCCAAAAGUAGAUCAAAACGAUCCUUUUACAGCAAAGCUUCUCAUCUUUUCAGUUGUUUUUCCCAUAUUUUUUAGACUAGUUCUCUUAGUGUAGAAGAAAAUGAAGCAGAGAACUGAUCAUUUAACUAAUUGUGAAAAUCCAGUUCUCAAUCUCAUCCAGACCUAAUAAACAAAGGCUUAGAUUUCUUUUGUCUUCUAAAUCAAAGCUCUGGUUUUCUCUGAUGCCGAUAGUUGGUUGAAAACAGAAUGUGAACCGAACCAAUGCCGGUACGGUUGGUGAAGCUAGCAAUAGAAAACGGGUGCCAGCAAUGUGCAUGGUUGGUUUGUUUUGCCAUUAUCUAA